CAUUCGCUCUUCUUCAGCAGUGUUGGGCCCUGAGUGGAGAGGGUGCCAUUUUGAUUUAUCCCAUAGCUGGAAAGGACAGGAGACUACAUGAGUCAGCGAGUGCAGAGAACACCCAAGAUGAUCAGCAAGAAAUGAUCACAUCUAAGGAGAGCAAUGAGACCAGGAAAACAAACGGGAAAGCUCAGACACUCCAAAAGAGAUGGCAGCAACUCCACAGGAUUCGGCUGUUCAAAGGGAUCGACACGAAUGAAUAACACUGGUGGCCUCUCACGUAGUUCAAAAGGCUUUGAAAGUUGAAACACAGAGGUGGGAUCUGGGGACAUUGCUCGGUUUGGUAAGGUGCUUGUCCAUGCUUGAAGCCCUGGGUUUGAUCCCCAACACCCUGUGAAUGCAGCGUGGUGGUGCCUGCCUGUAGUCCCCGUACUUGGGAGGCAGAAGCAGGAGGAACAGAAGUUCACACGUCAAGUUCAAGACCAGUCUGAACCACAUGAGACUCUCUCUUUAUAUACAUGCAUACACACACACACACACACACACACACACCACACACACACGAUCUCACUACCAGCUGAACACAAAUACCAUCCAUUUAUGACUCUGGGACUGGACCAGGGACUCGCAUAUGCUCUGACCCACAGGCACUGUUUUUCUGUGUGUCCACUGUUCUCAUCAUUCCCAACAUGGAUGCUUGCGGUGAGUCAUCAGCAGGGCACGUUCUGGGCAGGCAGAGCAUGUUUGAGGUCCUUGAAGAAAGGGAACUUGAGCAGGACUUUGAGAGGUGGGGAGGUUUGUCCAUCCAUCGCGACAGACCGGUCCACAGGCAGUCAAGCUGGACCUCACACUUCAUCCACCCUCAACCACCCCAUCAUCUCUAUAUAAAGAUGUCUGGGUACCGGGCCAGGCGUGGUGUGGCCCAAGCCCUCAAUCCCAGCAACUCAAGAGGUAGAAGUAAGUAGAUUUCUGUGAGUUUAAAGUCAGCCUAAUGAGUUCCAGGCCAGCCAGAGCUACAAAGUGAGACCCUCUCUCAAACAAAACAAAACAAAAGUCUAUACAUGGCUUUGAGAUUCUUGCCUGGAAGGUUAGCUCCAUCUUUUAUGCUUUGAGAGUCCUAGGAAUUUCCCAACUCUCUGGGGGCAGAGGCCAUUCUGUACCCCUAGAAAUGAUCUUGGCAGUUGCCCGCUGGUUCAGGACAAAUCUGGGUUCAGUUUUGUUUUAUUUUGCUUUGAGAUGGUCACACAUAGUCCAGACAAGCCUCUCAGAUUUGUUGUGGAUAACCUGGGAUGACCCAGACCUCCCAAUCCUCCUGCCUCUGCUUCUUGAGUGCUGGAAUACAGGCAUGUAGCAUGAUGCCCCACUCAGUCUGGGUCUUCCGGCCUCUAUCCCAGAAGCCAGGACUCCAAAUUGGGCUGACAUUAUACGUGAUCUCAGAAAGAACACAGGCUUUGGCAAGACUCCUCUGCGAGCAUAGCUAGGGAGACAAGCCUGGGGGACAGGGGAAGUCAAGAGAGGCCAGAAAAUUUUGGCUGCUCUGGAGAACACAGGAGCUCGGGCUAUAUUUAAACUCUGAGUCACAUGACUAGACUCUACUUGGGCUGGAGUAAAACAUGUUUUCUUUUAAAUGAUUAAACUGAGUUGAACUUCGUUCAAGGAAAGUUUCUUUCCCUCUGAAUUUUUUUCUUCAGGCUUUAAGCGUUUCAAGAUGAGAAUUUGCUUUCAUAAAGAGGAAACUUGUCAGUCAUUCCAACCUAGACACACCUGUGCAUCGAAACACCCAAAUGCCAUCGAGUCAUGCAUUUGGCUGCAUCCCCCACAUCUGGAUGAUCAAGAAACCCCAUUCAGAAGGGGAAAGGAAGAGGAGGAGGUGUAAACACUGGCUCGUCUCUGGUUCUCUUGGUAACAUGAACCAACACCAAUGACAGGUCUGGUCUAGUGUUUAUCACACUUCCGUCUUUCAUCCCACAGUUGGGAGAGUUUAACCCAAAAUUCCACUUUCACAAUGGGUCUGCCUUCCGGUAUGGAUCAGGGUUAUUGGCAAGCCAAAACCAAAGAAAGCUAAACUCAGAAUAUUUAAAUCACCCUGCCCUGGAAAGUGCUGGAAGGGAAGCAAGCAAAACAUCAGCCCAGGGUAGGGUUUGGACUCUCGGGUCGGAGCCUUUCUGCAGCUAGACAACAGCAGUUUACUAAAAAAAUAAAAAAUAAAAAAGGUUUGGCCCGGCAGUAGUGGCGCAUGCCUUUAAUCCCAGCAAUCAAGAGGCAGAGGCAGGUGGAUCUCUGUGAGUUUGAGGCCAGCCUGGUCUACAGAGUAAGUUCCAGGGCAGUUUCCAAAGCUAUAGAGAAAGCCUAUCACGCAAAAACAAAAAAGCAAAAAACAAAACAAAAACCUUUGUUUAUUUAAAAUAGCCAGCGAGAAAAGACUAGAAUCAUGAUCAACUCCUGUCUCCCACUUUGUGUGUGUGUGAGAGAGAGAGAAAAGACUAGAAUCAUAAUCAUCUCCUGUCUCCCACUUUGUGUGUGUAUGUGUGUGUGUGUGUGAGAAAAGGUUCACCCUAUUCCGCCCGGGAGUCUAGCCUCCCACAACUCAACAGUCCCAGAUUUUUUGUGCAGCCUUCCCUCCCAGGUUCACACGCCCACCCAGAGUCGUAAUUCCCCGCCCAGCGAAUUUUGUUCCAGGGACACGCCCCUCUAGUGUGCCCCGCCCAAGGCCCUGGUACGAGCCUCUCAACCCGCUCACACUCCAGCUGGCCACCCCAAGCUCUCCCCUCCCCCGGACAUGCUCUCUCACUCACAUCCCCGCUUCUCCUUUUCGUCUCUGUCCCCCCCACCCCUGCUCACUUUGCCUCCGCUCUCUCAGUCCUCUACCUUGAGUUCCCAGAGCCCCUCUCUCCCCUAACACUACUCCCCAAUCCUCACCCCUGAUGCCCCCCUUCCCCUGGCAUUUGGCUCUGCCGCCCAGCUCCUUUCAGCCAGUCUCUUGCUCUCCUUGCCCCCAGAAUUACUUCCACCCACGCCCCGUAAGACUCCCCCAAACUUCUCCAAGAUGAUCCCCACACCCAGCUUUCCCUCCCACUAGUCCACCCACCCCGCGCCCUUUAAGGCUCGCAUACCACCCUCACCCUGUUCCACCUCCUUCCAGUUUUACCCUACCCCAGCCCUCCCAUGUCCUGGAGGUCUCCCGGGGCUGUCACCCCUACCCGCUCCUCAUUCCUCUUACCACCCCUCCCCUGGAUUGCCUUCCUCAUUUUCUCCCUGUCCCGGGCACUCCCCACGCCCCACCCCCGCCCUUCAUCUCCCGCGCCCCUUAUCCCCGAAGCUACCCGGUCUUUCCCUAUCCUCCCAUUCUCCUCCUGAGCAUCCCCCCCCCAUCAGCUUCUACCUCCUCCAGCCUCCCAGAUCACCCUUGCCCUCCAUCGCUCCCAUCCCCGAGACCCCCCUGACUCCUCCCGCUCAUCCAUCCCUCAGGGCCCCCCUUUCCCCGUGGCUCCCCCCACAUCCCUCCGUCGCACACCCCCAGUUCUCCAGGAAUCCCCCUCCCUGCUCCCCCGCCUCGUCCCGCCCGCCUCACUCCCGCCCCAGUCCGACCCGGAUCUCCGGCUGCGCGCUCCAGGCUGGGUGCGAGCCAUGGGCAGCGGUAGCAGCCGGAGCAGCCGGAUCCCGAGGCGGCGGCGCAGCCCUGACAGGCACCAGGCGGACCCGGGAGAGGCAACCUCGGAGGGCAGCACAGCUGACCAGGCCCCGACGGCCGCGACGCAGGAGGAGACCGGCCCCGAUCCCCGCCCCACGACGCCCCCCGGCGGCCGGGAGGAGACCCUGCGCCUGUUGGACCAGUUGCUGGCCGAGUCCGAGACCUGGGGGACCCAGGAGCCGACCCCACGAGGCCCCGCCCGGCUUUCACCCACGGUGUCCCCAGAAAAGAAGACGAAGGACGACCCUGAAGAGAGCUGUACCCCUGAAGCCCCAAGCAGCAGCCACAAGAGACUGGAGGGGCAGUCGGCCAUCUCCUACGAUUACUCCGAGGAGGAGCUGAUGGCGAGCAUCGAGCGGGAGUACUGCCGCUGAGCUGGCUGAGCAGUCUUGGUUACCACUGGCCAGGCUCCGCAAGCCUGUGAGCUGGGCUCCUGUUAGAGGGUACCACCUUGCUCCACCUGUGACCUGUGAGCUGGGCUCCUGUUAGAGGGUACCACCUUGCCCCACCCAGGCCUGUGAGCUGGGCUCCCGUUAGAGGGUACCACCUUGCUCCACCCGUGGCCUGUGAGCUGGGCCCCCGUUAGAGGGUACCACCUUGCUCCACCCGUGGCCUGUGAGCUGGGCUCCCGUUAGAGGGUACCACCUUGCUCCACCCGUGGCUCAGCCAGAGCGAAACCACUUCUAGAAUACACCUCUCUUUCCACGCUGGUCUCUAAAGAUUCGCGGUCAGAGUUCUGCCGCUGGCCUGGCAGACCAAAACUAAGGGCAAGCAGGCCCUGGGCCACAGGUGUGGGGGCACUGGUGCCUCCUCCCACACAGGGGGAGCCUGGCUGUGUGGUUCCCCUGAAAUCUGAAUUGUUGGUCCUUUCUGCUUACUCACUUUCCAAGCGGGGAAAGGUGGAUGCUGGCAUCCCUGUAUGAUGUGAGCUUGUGGUGGGAAGCAGAGCUCAUGGUGCCCUCUCUGGGACUCAGUUUCUCUCUGGGGGAGGGGGUGGUAAUCCUGGAGGUUCUUUGAGACCUUCCAAGCCGUUAGUCUGGCAGCUCUACCGUCCAGCCCAUCAUUUCCCAGCUGCCAGUGUGCUUUGGCUAUCCUGCUGAGUGCAGAACCGUACAGGAGCCGAGAGAGGGAACCCACACCGAGAAAGGACUUCACGGCAACUGCUCUCCAGCGCCCCUUUCGGCUGGCAGUCUGCCUGGGGGCUGUGAACCUCUUCUCCUCCUCCCUGCUUGGGUGGGAGGCAGUCAGGAUAACGAUGCCAGAAGAGCUUUCAGACAACCCCAGUGGACAGGUGGGGAAGUGCGGAGAGCCCAUGGGAAGGAGGGUAGGGCUUGUAUGGGCCCCAUAGUGCCCGGCGCUUGCUCAGGUGUCUGAGGAAGCACCGCACAGCUGGCGAGGAUGCUGGCAGAAAGGCUUCAGAGAUAUGUGAGUGGCGGCACAUGCUUACAGGUCACAGCCACCAGGCCAAUGAUAGAGGAUUCCUGAGAACGGAAGGCUACGUAGUAAAUUCAAGACCAGCUUGAACUAUGUCGUGAGAUUCUGUGUCAGAAAACAAGAGUAGAGAACGUUGGAAUAGUAGUAGCUCUGGCCAAGGCCAGGCCAGGUCUCAGCUUCUGCUGCAUCCUCCUACCAAGACAGUACUCUGCCCAGUAUCCUUCCUCUGCUGCGAGCUGCUGUUGGCCCGCGAUCUGAUCGCUGGCCUGCGAUCCUCAGAGCUCAACAUGGAGCAUCUCAGGAACCAAGGAAGAAUGGUCCCUAGGGCCAUCCCCACAUCCACAGUCCUUUGCUGUCAACCGAAAAUUAUUCCAUGAACUUUAGGACUUGACAAGAGUGCCUUUGAGUUUGCAGCUGGGCCCAGAGCCAUCGGGUGUCUACCAGUGGGCUGAGCAUUGGGUUAAAACCUCCCAGAGCUGGAAGCUGCUUCUCACCGAAGCUCAAAGCACUGCUUUUGAUACGAAGAUGGAAGUUGUUUCUAUUUUAAUAUUUUACCCUAAAUAUUACAAAUGCUUGUUUUAAAAUAGGUUAAAAUAUUACAUUUUUACCAAAGAAUGAA